CUUGCAGUAGGCAUCGCCACGUGAAAAGAGGUUAGUAAGCUAGAAUAGGCAAGUCUCAUAUGUGUCAUGCACAGCGGUUGAACUGCAUUCCCCCAUCUGUGUAAUUGUUUUAUGAUGCGCGUCAGCUAGCAUUCGGUCCACAAUUCACAAUCAUUGGCACUUGUCCUUUCCACCACCGUGAAGCACGCACCACAUGUUGCUCCACGAUUCUCGACACCCACCAGGUGCCGAAUCAUCAACUUCCUUACUCUCUUGUAACAGAGAACGGUCUUCCACCUUACGGCCCGCCAAGAAAUCUAGUCCAAAAUUACACCUGUCACCCGUUAUUACAGCCAAGCGACCUUCUUCGCCUACGUCUGAUACCCGGGCAUUGAAAUCCCCAACUCGACUACACCCGGGACCAGCUAGCCCUACGAAUGGCACUGUGCAUUCCUCAGGGUUUCGUGCCCAGCUUGCGCAUCUCUUGCCUCGUCAUGCUAUAUUUCUCUUGCGCCUUACCAUACAUCAGCUCAGCAGCGUCCCGUUUGUCAAUGGAGAAUUCGAGGUGCGGUGGAAGUUCAAGGGGGUCACGUCUGGUGGAGGUCUAUUGGGAAAGGUGAAGGGCAAGGGCAGGGCUAUGGGGAGUACCACCCCGAACGGAGGUGCCAGUUCAGCUAAAGGAAAAGAGAAGGAGAAGCUUCACGAAAGUGAAAUAGACGUGGCUAACGUCAACGAUGCCUCAGACGCUCAAAGCAUUACCAACUCCAAUUCAUCCCACUCACAUGGCCCAUCCAUUCCCUCAGUCAUCGUAUCUGCAAACUCACCUGUAGUAUCCCCUACUUCAACCUCAAAUACGGGCACCGUCUCAACCCCUAGUACAACCUCAUCAUCCCAGCAUUCUCGUACUCAACACGUACCCCCACAAUACCUUUCCGCUGACUGGUUACCCCAAUCUACCCCACCAGGCCCAUCCCCCUCUCUCGCUAAAUCACUUCCGAAUGCCUAUUCUCCUGCCAAAGGUCACACUCCAUUUGAACAGCUAAAGGAACACAGCGUGGUAUGGGAACACACUCUUGAUGUUAUGGUCCAGAUGGGUAUUGGCAGGGAAACCAACGAACUCGGAGGUUGUGAGGCAAAAUUCGUCGUCAUGCAGCGAGUUAUCCCAGGCGAUCCAGAUGCACCGCGAAAUCCUAGGCUUGGCGCCGUGAGCCUAAAUCUCGCUCAAUAUGUUGACGCCGGAGUCGUCACUCGCCGCUAUUUGCUUAGACAGAGCAAGACCAAUGCUACGCUCAAGCUCACUGUUCAAUUGGAACACGUCAGCGGCGAAUCAUCCUACAUCGCUCCACCUCUCCCUAAAGGAGAGAUCCUAAGCGGGGUAGCCGGUCUACUCGACAAUGACAUCUUCCGAACACGACCACGCACCCUUGAUCUCUACGCAAACGAAAACUCCUCGUCCUCCUCUGUAUCUACCGUCUCAACCCACUCUUCCCCAAAACGCGGACCCGGUUCAAAGCGGAAAAAGAACCCGUUGGACGCGAGCCAACUUCCGAAUACUCGUGGUAUCCGCGGGACGGAGAAGCUCAUCGAAGCGCUGUUUAAUCCUGCACCUGUCACGCGCCCAGGGCAACUUACCCCCUUCACAUAUCUCCACGAGCCUUCAGCGCAGCCGCGUGACCACUUUCGAGAACUUACCACAGAAGAUGGGCACGUCCAAGUUUACGCAGAUGAGGAUGAAGCAAGACUCGCAGACGAAUCCCUAUAUUCAAAUUCAAAUUCGGAUUCCGUGGACCUGAACCACCCUCUUCCGGUACGCCAGGACUCAGAGAGCGAUUAUCAGAGUAUGCGCUCGAAGUGGACUGGCUCAUUACGGGCGCCGUCCAUGAAGAGUAUGCGAUCUGUUGCUAGGGGUCGAUCAGGGGUUGACGUUAACGAGCUCGGCCUGAGCUCUGCUGUGUCGAAUACGACUACUGUGGAGAAGCGGGGGUGGUGGCGGAAGGUGCUCCAUGCCGGAGCUGCAUCAUGAUAGUAGGGGUUUUUCUUUUUCCUACAUCUACGUCUUUUGUCACUUUUAAGGUUGCUCUUCUUGUUAUUUGUCAUUCAGGUUUUCGAUUUCGCUAUUGCACUGCAUUGCUUUCAAAGGGAGGAUUCAAAUAAUCGAGUUUUCAUUUAUAUAUCUAUAGCUGCAUUAUGCUCCUACUACAUCGUUCUGUUCGUUCAUCUUUCACUACAUAAAUUGUAUGGUAUGGUAUAUAAUCAUGCCUUAGUGGAUUAUUAUAUUCUUGUGAUAGGGCGCCGGGCGCUUGAAAUGAAAUGAGACACGUG